AUGGGUCCGUUUGCUAAAAAAAUUAAAAAACAUAUUUUUGGUCUUACAAAGUCCAAAACUGAGUUUUGGGAGAAGCUUGAAAAUAAAGCUGUUUCUAUAGACAAAAGCCCUAUUUCUCAACGCAAUCCUAAACAGGCUCAGAAUCUUGUUAGCACAAGUGAUAAAACGGCAACCAGUGAUAGCACUGGUGAUAAAACGACAACCAGUGAUAGUACAGGUGACAAAAUGGCAACCAGUGAUAACACGGGUGAUAAAAUGACAACCAGUGAUAGCACGGGUGAUAAAACUGCAACCAGUGAUCGCACGGGUGAUAAAACAACAGCCAGUUAUCGCACGGGUGAUAAAACGGCAACCAAUGGGAAGCCCAUUCGAUGCAAAGCUGCGGUUGGUCGGGCACCAGGUGAGCCUCUAGUGAUUGAGGAGAUCAUGGUGGCGCCGCCGAUGCCUCGAGAGGUUCGAAUUCGAAUCAUAUGCAGCUCUCUUUGUCACACCGAUGUUAGUAUAUGGAAAUUGAAGGUUGAUCCUCCUGGAAUUUUUCCAAGAAUUUUUGGUCAUGAAGCUAUCGGAGUUGUGGAAAGCGUAGGGGAGGAUGUAGAUGAAGUGACUGAAGGAGAUACAGUGAUCCCUACAUUCGUCUCAGAUUGUGGAGAAUGUGAAAACUGCAGAUCAAAGAAGAGCAAUCUGUGUUCAAAACUCCCUUUCACUGUAUCUCAAUGGAUGCCUAGAUAUGAGACCAGCAGAUUCACUGACCUCAAUGGAGAGGUUAUAUACCACUUUAUGUUUGUGUCCAGCUUUAGUGAGUAUACAGUGGUAGACGUUGCCCAUGUGACCAAAUUUGAUCCCUCAAUUCCUCCAAAUAGGGCAUGCCUCUUCAGCUGCGGAGUAUCAACAGGGGUUGGCGCUGCUUGGAAAACAGCAAAUGUGGAGGCAGGAUCAACUGUUGCUAUAUUUGGGCUGGGGUCUAUUGGAUUAGCUGUUUCCGAGGGAGCUAGACUAUGUGGAGCUACUACAAUAAUUGGUGUGGAUCUUAACCCUGACAAAUAUGAAAUCGGGAAAAAAUUUGGAGUGACAGACUUUGUCAAUGCUGGAAAUUGUGGAGAUAAAUCUGUGAGCCAGGUUAUCAAUGAGAUGACAAAUGGGGGUGCAGACUAUUGCUUUGAAUGCAUUGGAUCGGCAUCCUUGGUGCAUGAAGCAUAUGCUUGCUGCCGAAAUUGUUGGGGCAAAACUGUUAUGGUAGGAGUGGCCAGGCCAGGGUCAGAAUUGGGCCUUAGCUUUCACGAUGUUCUUAACGCCGGGGGGAAAAGCAUCAUGGGAUCCAUAUUUGGAGGACUCAAACCUAAAUCUGAUAUUCCUAUUCUCCUUAAACGUUACCUGGACAAGGAGCUGCAGUUGGAUGGAUUUGUCACACAUGAAAUUCAGUUCGAAGACAUCAACAAAGCUUUUGAUUUACUCAUAGAAGGACAGAGUCUUCGAUGUGUGAUUUGGAUGGACAAAUGACCGAAUGUGUGAGCUCUUACUAUCAGAUUGGCUAAACUUCACAGCAAUUGCUUUUAUUUAUUAUUAUUUUAUUUUGAUGAUGACCCAUCCUUGUUGGAUAAACUCCGAAUACACAAUUCCGUCUGCAAUACCCGUGUAUCGGUUGAGUGAUGACUCAAACAACCGAUCUCGUAAUAUUAACCAAACGAGUCGACCAUUCGAGCUAACCCUCGUGGGAAACUGUUUUUAUGUUAGCGUGUGGCUAUUCAAGUUUUAAGUGCACCAUAUGUAAAUAAAGUCUGUACGUUCCCUAAUUAACCAUAUGUAAAUCGUGGACAGCUCUUAUUAUUUUUGUGUU